AUGAAAUCAGGAUUUUUAUUGUCUAAUGAACCAAAGGUUUCUUUAUUGACAAAGAGAGAUUCCAAAAAGGACGAAUCUCCGGGCCAUCGCAAGUAUCGGUUAGAUGAUUUAGAGUUCGAGAGGAACAUAGGAUCCGGUAAUUUCUCUCAGAUAUGGCACGUUACGUUAAAGUCGGACCCAAAUACAUCAUACGCCCUAAAAAUUUACAAUAUAGAAACUGUUAGCAACAAGAAUCAAGUAAAAUCGGUACAACAAGAACGAAAUGCUCUAUUAACCCUGAACGAGCCUGGAAAUAAACAUGUAAUAAGGCUUGUAGAUACAUUUAGGGAUGAUAUGAAUGUAUACCUCUUGUAUGAAUUCUGCAAGUACGGUGAACUUUGGGAAGAGAUAAAAUACACUGGAAUCAUUGAUGAUGAUUUAGCCCGUUUCUAUAUCCUACAGCUUAUAGAUGCUAUUGAGUAUAUCCAUGCUCGUGGUUUGGUCCACAGGGACUUAAAAUGUGAAAACGUUGCUAUAUCUGAAGGAAAUACACUAAAAAUCAUAGACUUUGGAUCUUCAAUAUAUUUGAACCCGGACCAAGACCCUGAUCCAGAAACAAAGGCGGAUGACACAAACAAGGUUGGACAUCACAGAACACGUCGUUCAUUCAAGCACUAUGUUGGAACACCAAAUUUCAUGCCUCCUGAAAGUAUAUCAAAUGUAGACAGUGGAAAAAAUAGAGAUAUUUGGAGCUUGGGAUGUUUGAUAUAUCAAAUGAUCGUAGGAAGACCCUGCUUCUAUGGGUCAACUCCGUAUUUUAUUUACAACAGAGUAAAAGCUAGAGAUUUAAGGUUUCCACAUCAUGUAAAUCAGGACUGCAGGGACUUGAUAGAGCACUUGCUAGUUAUUGACCCUGAACAUAGACUAGGUAGCAAUUGUAUAUCAGAAAUCCGAAACCACAAGUAUUUGUUAGAGUUUACUUUUCGGCUCCACAAGUGCAUAGACAAUAUUCCAAACGGAGAUUCCGACGUAUCUGCAACUCAUAAUGAAUCUACACCAAACAUUGAGAUUACGGAAUUAAUGAACGACCUGAGCCUAAAACCCAACGACAGCACAAUCUCCCAGGAUAAUCACAGCACUACUAAAAUACACACCGAGGAGGAAAUAAAAAACCAUGUACAAUACAUCGCAGAAUACAUCAAAGGUUCAAAAUGCAUCGCACAAGCCAAGAAGAUGUGCAAACGAAUCAGCGAGACAAUGCUGAAGAUUGAGGAGGACAGAGAGUCUGUGAACAGAAAACAACAUGAAAAGGAGUAUCAAGAAAACAUGGCAGCCCUCGGGAACACAGAUACCUACGGCAAGUACGACGAAUGGGUGCUUAAAUCUUUAAAAAAUCUAAUGUUUUGGCUUUAUGACGAAACCAAACAAGAAAUUUUAGAAGAAGUUAAGGAAGCCGAUUCAUGGCUCAAGCGAUCAUCUUGA